CGGGCAGCUUGCAACGCGCCUAUAUAAAGUCGAAGCCGGGCAUCCUUUGCGCAUCAAGCCAAGAGAGAACGUGCGGAGCGGAGAAGCGGAGAUUCCUCGGCGGGCGGAGAAAGGAACGACUCAGAGGCGCUGCUGCUCCAAAGGAGGGGGAGAUCGACGGCGAGAGACAAGAGAGAGAGCAAGGCACACAUUCACACGCACACGCAUCUUCUAAAGGCGUUUUCUUGGACCUGGAUGGCGUCUACAGGGAUCCAGCUGCUGGGCUUGACCCUGUCCGUGCUGGGCUGGGCAGGGGCGAUCCUGGUGGCCGCCCUGCCCAUGUGGCAAGUCUCGGCUUUCAUCGAGGGUCACCUGGUGGUGGCGCAGACCACCUGGGAAGGACUCUGGAUGGCUUGCGUGGUGCAAAGCACCGGGCAGAUGCAAUGCAAAGUGUUCGACUCCAUCCUGGCGCUCAGCCCGCAAAUUCAAGCCGGCCGGACUCUGAUGGUCAUCGGGGCGGUGCUGGGUUUGGUGGCCUUGCUGGUGACGGUCACCGGAGCGCAGUGCACCACCUGUCUGCGCGGGGCGAAGAUCAAGGACUGGAUCGCGGGCAUCGGGGGCGGCCUCUUCCUCGUCUGCGGCUUGCUGGUGCUGGUGCCCCCCUCCUGGUUCGCCAACACCAUCAUCAGCAACUUCUACGACCCCAACGUGGAGCCCUCCAAGAAGCGAGAGAUGGGCGCCGCGCUGUACCUCGGCUGGGCGGCCGCCACGCUUCUCCUGCUGGGCGGCUCGCUCAUCUGCGGAGCCUCGGCUUGGAAAGACGACAGCGGCAGCUUCCCGGUCAAGUAUUCGGCCCCUCGGCGCUCCGCCGCCCCGGUUUCCAACGGAGGAGGAGGAGGAGGCGAGUACGACAAAAAGAACUACGUCUGAGAACUUCUUCCCUGACUUGCCGAUCGGACAAGUCGGCGGUUCGAAUCCCUAGCGCCAGGCCCCCUGGCGUGAGCAGGGGGUUGGACUAGAUGACCUCCAAGGUCCCUUCCAAACUCUGUUACUGUUAAAACUUCGUCCGCUUAAAGGAUUUUUUUUUUUUUGUCGUCGUUUUUUGUUUUUUUUUUUAAAGCGCCAUCCACCCCGAGGGAAGAAUUGGCGGAGGGGAAGAGGCAAGGAAUGGCGUGGCUGGUCCCUGGUCCUUGGAGGAAGAUUUUCUUCCUCGCUUUUGCGACUUUAUGAAGGGGAACUAUUUGGGGGGAACAAAAGACAACAACAACAAUAACAAUGGAACAUUCGCACCCGAGACUCUUCCUUCACUUUGAGACUUCUUCUCUGUAUGGACUUGGAAUUGGACUAGCCCUCAUUGAGUGCCUUGGCUGCUUGGCUUUUCUUCUGCGGAAGCUCCUGGGGGUAUUUCAGCUCUCCCUUAGUUUUUUAAAAAAAUAGUUUUUAGAUUAUUCCUAAGUAUUUUUCACGCGGGGGGGGGAGGGAUAUCCAAAAAUCAGAGGAUCAUGUUUGUUUUAGGAUGGGGGAGGGAUGCUGAUGUUGUAAAUAUAAUGGGGUGGGGGAGGCUUCUGACUUUGGGGUGUAUCCUGCCGAAAUGGGAUUGGACUAGAUGACCUCCAUGGUUCCCUUCCAACUCUGUUAUACUGAGAUGACCAGGGGGAGUUGUGUUUUAUGAGUAAUGUGAAGGUGUGAGAGGUGGUUACUUCUUCAGGAAGUUGUGAGCCUGCACAAAUUUUUAUGGGAUUUUAUUGGGAGAUGUUCUCUUCCCUUUCUAAACUUCCCGUCUUUCUCUAUCACUACUUUCCCCCCCCCCUUCCUUCUCUCUUUUAAUACCGGGUGAAACAUCCCUUGAACAAAAUUAGAAAUGACUUGGCAUUCAGAGCUGCCUAUUUUAAAUCGCAAUUUCUUGCUUUAUGGCCGUCGUUAAGAUAGCCGUUCCUUUUACGGCGUCUCCUCUAAAAACAGAUUUUAUUCCAAGAAAAUUUUCUGUCUUCUUGUUGGUUUUUCGCCAGGCCAACUUCAAAAUUAGAGGGGUUUGCCAUUUGUCUGUGCUCCAUUGCACUGCCUUGUUUUUAAGUGAUGUAAUUAUCAUCUUUACGUUAUGGGAUAACUCAGUGAAAUUUGGACUGGAAGUUUUUGUUUCCAAAUAUCCAUUUCAAUAUUGACUUUUUUAUUUUUUGUGUGCCAAAUAAAAAUUCACCCCCGGGGUUUUAAAAUCCAGCAGAGAAUGUCCUGUUUGUCAACGCUUCCAAUUCGGAGUUUGCCCCAGUUCUCUUCCCAUUUGUAACCAUCAAUUUUUAGUUCCCUUCAGUGGAUUCGGAGCAGGGAUAAUUCUGGUACUGUAUUUUUAUUUUUAUUUUGUGAUUAUUAUUUCACACUGUAACUUAAGAAAAUCUGUCUUCAUCAACAGUGUUCUCAAAUCAAAGAUCUUGGUAUAUAUUCUAUAUAGCUGCAUAUUUAUAAUAUAUAUAUAUAUAUAUAUAUAUAUAUAUGAAAUGUU